AUGAGGGAACAUCUUGCGUUUCUUGAGCAAGAGCUGGUCGGCUCGCCCGACACGCCGCCGGCGCUCAGGCCGUCGCAAGCGCAGCAAGUUGCCGCGUUGAGUCGGCUGUCGUGGAUUUGCGCGGCUAUGGGCGCGGCGGACUCGCGGGCGCUGCUGCUGCCCUUCCUCGAGUCUUACCAGGACUCGCGGCGGGACGCGGAUGAGAUUCUAUCGGUGCUCGCAGCGCAGUGGCGCGCAGUCGCGCGGGGCGUGGCGGGCGCCUGCACGCAGCAGAAGGCUGGGGCGGACAGGAAGACGCAGCGCGGCGGCGCUGGGGCGGGCGAGGUCGACCGCGAGGUCUUUGAGGCGCUGGGCCGCAUUGUCGCGUCGCUGGAAGUUCUCGCGGCGAUGGAGGAGAAGUGCAUCCGCGACGAGGCCGUCACUUCGAUGCUGUACCUGCUCAACUUCUUCCCCGAGUUCGCCGCGCAGAAGGCCUUCGCGCAGCGCUUCCUCCUCCCUGCCGCUGCCCGCCUCGCUCAGAACGAGUCGGGACUCUUCUUCUCGCGCUGCAGCGCCGCGAAACUCCUCCCUGCGCUCUUCCCCCUCGCCAAUGCGGCACCCGAGCACGAGCGCGAAGGCGGCGCCGGCGAGGAAGAGAAGGAGAAAAAAGAAAAACCUGGCGCCGCCGAAGAGGAACGCAAGCCCCUCGAGGACGCGGCCCGACGCGGAGACGAACGCGACAAGGUCGGCGGGAGAGAGCUCGAUCGCGGCGAGUUGAAGGAGAUCUUUGAGAAACUCCUGGUGAACGAGGCGCUGCUCGUCCGCCGCGACGCAGCCCUCGAAGUGCCGGCCUUCGUGCGGCACUGGCGGCGCGUCCGCGAGCAGACGCGCCGCCGCGAAGAUUCGUCGCGUUCCGCUGAGGAAGCCCACGCUAGCGAGCUCGCGCCCAACCCCGAGGGCCUCGGGGACUACUUCCUCUCCCUCCUGAAGAAAAUGAGCUCCGAGACGAUCGAUUUUCUUCGCGCGGCGGCGGUCAGCGCGUUGAUUCAGCUGGCGCUGCUGUUCCCAGCGACCUCGUCGUCGGCGUACGCGGCGUCGUUCGAUGCGCUGGCGGUUCUUCCGUUUCUGUCUGCGGCGGUGUCGGACGCCUCCUGGCGCGUGCGGGCAGUCGUCGCGCGGGCGCUUCCGCGGCUGGUGGGGGUUUUCCGGCGGCAGUUGUUUGCGUCGCACUUUUUUCCUUUUCUGCAGCAGCUGCUGCGCGACUCGGCGCUGCGCGACGUGCGCCAGGAGGCGAUUCGCGCAGUGGGCGAGGUCGCCGCUCUCCUCUCCGCCGAGGAAGUCCAGCAGUCCCUCGUGCCGCUGCUCCCCGCGCUGAUUCAGGAGAACUCGAACGCGGGCGCCGUCGCACAGCCGAUGAGCGCCGUCCCGGUCAUCGCGCCUCCGACGCUCGCCUCGCCGCUUAACUCUAAUUCCCCGCUCCUCGUCCCUGUCCUUGAAGUCGCGCUGCCGGUCGCCAGAGCUGCGGGGCCUGCCGGCGCCCAGAUCAUCAUGUCCAGCCUCGCGACGCUCGCGAACGUCCGCGAGGAAGGGCACGUCCGCAUGCUUCUCGCGCAGCAGGCGGGCGAGUUCUGCCGCUUGGUCGCGGCGAAAGGCGGUCGCGCGUCUCCGGAGUCUCCGGAGGCCGUGCGUCUCAUCGAGGGCCUCUGUGCGGCGCUGGGGCCGGCAGCGGGCGGCGGAGACUGGACGCUGCGGGUGCAACUUAUCGAGCAAGUUGUUCCAAUUUCCAGCGCCUUUGGCCUCGACUUCUUCACGAAGCACCUGCAGGGGCUGUUCAUCAACGCCUUAAGCGACCACGUCUACGGCGUUCGCGAGGCUGCAGUGGACGCGUGCCAGCCUUUGACUGCGGAGUUCGGUUCGCGGUGGGCGAUUGACGUGUUGCUUCCGCGUCUGCGGGAGGUCUAUUUCCUCGGAGGAUCAGGCCGCGGCGACGCGCGCGGCGGCAGCAACGGCUUCGAUUUCUUCUCUUCUCUGCCCUCGCAGGGGCGCCUUUCUUCUUCCUACCUGGAGCGGAUCGCCGUCCUGCACGCCGUCCCUAAAAUCGCCGCGUCCUUCACGACUUCCGAGACCGAGACCCAUCUCUUACCCUUCAUUCUCGCUGCUCUCAAGGACGAAGUUCCUAACGUGAAGUUCACAGGGGCGGAAGUCGUGCGGCUGAUGGUCGCGGCGAAGACGAUGCCCGCGACCGCGUACGUUAGCAAGGAGCUCUUCCCGAUUUUGAGUGCCUUGUCCAACGAUCCCGACGUCGAUGUGCGUUUCUGCUGUCAGCUGGCGCUGGCGGUUGCGCGGUCGUGA